AUGAUACAGACGCAGUUCAACAAGAAGGUCAAAUUUGUGCGACACGAUGGAGCCCGCGAGUUUGCGACGAACUCGCUUCAAGAUUUCUACGAAGUCGAAGGCAUCGAGCAACAAAUCACGGUGCCAUACGCACAUCAAGCCAAUGGAACUGCUGAACGCGCGAUUCGAACUAUCGUCACCAUCGGUCGUAGCAUGCUCCAUCAUGCCAAGUUGGACAAGUGCUUCUGGGCUGAAGCGGCAAUGACGGCCGUCUAUGUGAAGAACCGUUUGCCGUCACCCAAGAUUCCACACAAGACACCGUUCGAGAUUGUCUACAGUUCUAAGCCAAGUGUCAAGCACAUGCGCGUUUUUGGGUGCCAAGCAUACAUCUUGACCCCGAAGGAGAAACGACUCAAGUGGGAUCCCAAGGCCCGGGCUGGAUUGUUUUUGGGCUACGAAGAAGUGUCCAAGGCGUAUCGAGUUUACGACAUCGAAGCGGGGCAGGUGAUGAUAAGUCGCGAUGUCAACUUCGAUGAGUCGGCCUUUGGAAUGUCGAUGCUGAUUUCCGGUGACGAUGUUGAUGGCCUGGACUUCGAAUCGAUCGAUCUUGAUGAUGAAGAACCGCGUCCGAGACACUUCAAACAAACAGGAAAGCGCAAGGCCCAACCCAGUCACGACAAUGACGACGCAAGCAUGCCCCGAGCAGUGCGCCAACGACCCGGAUUGGAAGAGUCAAGUGCGCCGGAUGACCUCUCUUCACGUCGAGCCAACGAAGAUGAAGAAAGGAAGUCGGAGGAACAACAUGACACACCGACUUCCUCCGCGUUUUGGCAUGCGAGUGCAAACGCCGUCGAAGCAGCGGUCGAUUUUUCGGAGCCGUCGACAUUUGAAGAAGCAGUGUCUGGCCCGGACCAAGUACACUGGCGCAAGGCAAUUGAUGCGGAGCUCGAUUCGAUGAAGCUUCGCGGUGUCUUUCGUGCGGCCAAGUUACCCAACGGACAAAGCGCCAUUGGCACAAAGUGGGUCUUCAAGAUCAAGCGCAAGGCGGAUGGGUCGAUCGAGAAAUACAAGGCACGACUUGUGGCCAAGGGUUUUCGCCAAAAGUAUGGCAUCGACUACACGGAGACGUUCUCGCCCGUGGUCAAGUAUGUGACGCUGCGAAUGGUCAUCGCCAUUACCAAGCACUUUGGAUGGCCCCUCGACCAGCUCGAUGUGGUGACUGCGUUCCUGUAUGGAGUGAUGAAGGAGAAGGUGUUCUGCGCUGUUCCGGAAGGCGUCAAGAUGGAAGGUGAUUUCGACUGUCUCGAGCUGAUCAAGGCGAUCUACGGUCUCAAGCAAGCCUCGCGUGUUUGGAACGAGACCUUCGACGAGUUCAUACGCUCGAUUGGUUUUCAAGCGUCGGGAUUCGAUCCAUGUCUCUACAUCAUGACUUCGGAAGGCCAUUGUGUUUUUGUGCUGGUCUACGUGGACGAUGUCUUGGUGACUGGAAGCUCGCUCGAGAUGAUUGCGCGCACCAAGAACGACCUCAAGACACGCUUCGAGAUGACGGACAGCGGCAAGUGUGCCUUUGUUCUUGGGAUCGAGUUAUUGGACGGUGAAGAUGGCAGCGUGACUAUGUGUCAGCGCCGUUAUGUCGACGAUGUCCUCAAGCGCUUUGGAAUGGAUGAGUGCAAGGCUGUGGCAAGUCCGGUGGACGUCAGCUCUCGACUGGUUCCAAGCAACUCUGCAAGCAAGGUGGAUGUCCCAUUCCGUGAAGCAGUGGGUGCUUUGAUGCAUCUGACGACUGCAACGCGACCGGACAUCGCCUAUGCUGUAAGCUUUGUGUCACGGUUCAUGGAGAAACCCCAAGAAGAACACUGGGUUGCAGUCAAGCGCAUCUUCCGCUACCUACAAGGCACCAAGAUGCAUGGAAUCUGCUACAAGCCAAGUGCGAAGAUCGACUUUCGUGGCUAUUCAGAUGCAGACUGGGCCGGUGACCUUGCUGAUCGCAAAUCGACGUCCGGCUACGUCUUCAUGCUAUUGGGUGCUCCGGUGAGUUGGGGCAGCAAGAAACAGCCAAGUGUGUCACUGUCUACAAGCGAAGCGGAGUACAUCGCGCUCAGCCUGGCGAUCCAAGAAGGCAAGUGGAUCAAUCGCUUGCUGUGCGAGAUCAUGGCGGCUGCAAACGAAGAAGGACCCGAGCUCGUCAUCCGUGAAGACAACCAGUCGUGCAUCAAGAUGACGAAGAAUCCGGUCAACCACGGCCGCGCUAAACACAUCGACAUCAAGUACCAUCACAUCCGUGAUGAAGUCAAGCGCGGCGAAGUGAAGCUUGAAUACUGCGAGACGACGUUGAUGUUGGCGGACAUCAUGACGAAGGGACUUCACGGACCGCGUCACAAGGACUUGACGGCGGCGCUUGGCAUCCGUGCGUGUUCGGAUUGA